GUCCCUUUCUUGCACGAAUAUGCAUUGAAAAAAGUGCAUAGAGAAAAGAAAACAUGAACGUCGCCAUUUUUGCAGAGUCCGUGUUUAGAUCUCAAAGAGAUAACUAAGUAUUUCCAAUUCGCAGAAAGUUACUGAGUAAUAAAAACCUAGCAAAAUGACUGGUCGUGGAAAAGGAGGUAAAGGUUUGGGUAAAGGAGGCGCAAAACGCCAUCGUAAGGUAUUGCGUGAUAACAUCCAGGGUAUCACUAAGCCAGCCAUUCGCCGUUUGGCACGCCGUGGCGGUGUAAAGCGUAUUUCUGGUUUGAUUUAUGAAGAAACGCGUGGUGUUUUGAAGGUGUUCUUGGAAAACGUUAUUCGUGAUGCUGUAACCUACACCGAACACGCCAAGCGUAAAACUGUCACCGCUAUGGAUGUGGUAUAUGCCUUGAAGCGUCAAGGUCGCACCCUUUACGGUUUUGGCGGUUAAACUUUUUGACGCCACUUUGCAUGUAUUACAAGACCCGAAUGGGUUUCUAAUCAGAAUAUAAAUAAAUUACUACUACUUUUAAUUGAAAUGACAUGAUGUUCUUGCAAUUAGCAAACAAUUUGCGCAUCUAGAAAAGAAAUACAAUACAAUUCAAUUUACUUAAA